AUGUAUCGGUCUGGAGGCUCUGGGCCUCGCAACCGGACCAGCAUCUUGGGUGUCCUCAAGGCCACCGAGCUCGAUGCGCGAUCCAAGCUCCCUGCAGAAAUCAUGGUGACGAUCCUCAACUACCUGCCCGUGGCCGACCAGUUGCGCUGUGCCCGCGUUUCCCACCGUUUGCGAGAGAUGGUAUACGAUGACACUCGUUGGGUAUCACGACUGAAGAGUAUGGGAUGCUGGGACGAGCGAGAGGCUAGACAGAGGUUUGAAGAGUCGGUCAGGCGUAGGCGAGAAGCUGCUGCUGCUGCGGCGGCCGCAAACCAGGCCAACGAUGAACUGAGAGACGGGUUCGAGACCAUGACAAUUGGGACAAGCGAUCCUGCUGAGGACCCCGCGGCGUACCUCGAUGUUUUCAAGCGCGUCAAGAGCAUCAGAGGCGGGGCAAGGCAGGAGUAUGGCAAAAUCUACAAAGCUCUCGCGCCCUUCUACUUUGAUCUGGCCAAGGCAAAAUCGCACACGGACCCGAUCGUGUUCAAAGCCUUUAUAGAUCCCGAGCAGCAGGCGCAGAUGCUGGCCAACCUGCACAAAUUCGCGGGGAGCGAUUGGUCUGAGGGAUGGGCCGUCAGAGAUGCGAAGCUGACGGCAAUGAUGAACAUCUUCGAGGCCGCUGUUCUGCGAGAGUUUGAGCAGGGCUACGAAUUCUGGGAUGUGGACGGGCGCAUGCAUCGAUACGCUCAUGUUUUGCACACGCUCAAUGGCGCCAAGACUGGAAUCGAGCUCUUUAUACAGAAGCAUCCCCUCUUUAAUGACCGUGACAUGGUGCACAAUCCAAUGGACUGCUUGAACCAGGCAUUUACAGACGAUGUGACCCUGGAGCCAUCACGUCGCUUCUUUGAGCAGGUGCUCCUCAAGGUCAACGAGCAAGCGAGCAUUCUGGAACGAAUAUUUCCCGAUCCCGCCGUUGUGUUUUGGGGGCUCACUGAAAAGGUCGCGGAGGACAUUAUUGCCGAAUACACAACUCCCAUGUUUGACGAGGCGCACGAGCGCAGCAUUCUUUCCUACCUCAAGGCCAUUUCCGGCAUAUUCGAGCAGACGAUGAGAUUCUUCCAAUCACUUACACCUCCCAAAGGGCCUGGGGAGGAAGGAGAAAUAGAGAAGCGUGCCAAGCAGCUGACGUUGAAGGUGUUUGAGCCGCACCUCGAUUUAUAUCUGCAGGAGGAGCUGGAUUACUUCACUAAACAGGCGGAAAUAGAGGUCUCCCAGUGGGAGAAGAAGCUCUCCGAACAAGACUCAUCUUUGGAGUCAUUUUAUAUGUCCAACAUUAACCGUUCUGCUGAGAAGAACGACUUCUUGAGCUCUUUCAAGAAGGUUAUUAUGAUGCCCGUCACAGUUCUACCCAAUUUCCCCAUUGGCUCCCCAUUUGCGAUUAACAAACCCACAUCCUCGCCCGCGGUUACUGCGAAUGGUUCUGCAGCCUUGACCCCUCAGUCUUCACGACCACAAACUCCAGGAUUGGGCAAUGAAAUCCAAGGACGGGGUACCAGUCCCAUGCCUGGGGCGAAAGCUCCGACUGAUGAGCUUGCAGCCAAAGCAGCCAUAAUGGCCUCCAAGUUGGAAGGCAUAAAGUCUUUGUUCAGCAUCGAAGUAGCUCUAGAUUUGGUGCACAAGGCCAAGAGUAGCCUUGGGCGAGCCGCGGUGCUUAUUCCCUUAGGCGGGCAGGUUGGAGGAGAAGCCAAGGAGCAAUGCGCCAACAUAUUCAUUGCGCUCGUUCGUAUCCUCGGACAGCGGCACGUCAAAUUAGGCUUUGACAUGGCUGUAGAUCACUUGUCUCAGUACAAUCCGAGAGAUGUCAGCGAUCAUGACCAAAAAGGCGUGGCGCCGUUGGUGAUGUUUAUUGAGCUGGUCAAUGUGGGCGAUCUUAUAUCCCAGAUGAUUGAAGUCUUUUACGAGCAGCAGCUCGCAGCGCCAAAGAUUGCCGACAAGAACGACUUUUUGGAUCCCUCCGGCCUAGCCAAGAAGAAGUUUGAGCAGAUGCUCGAUGAAAGCGUGGCGGCUGGGUUGAACAAGGGCAUUGACGUUCUCAUGGAUGAGGUCGAAUACCUCCAGGGAACUCUGCAGCAGCCCACAGACUACAACCCUACCCCCCGCAUACCACUGGAUAUCGGGCCGACGCCCACGGCUCGUCGCAUUGUCGACCUCGUCAGAUCACACACCAACAUGCUCAUUGGCACGACGGAGAAGUCGAUGCUCGACGUCUUCAACGGCGAAGUUGGCCAGCGGCUCUUUACGGCGAUAUGCAAACACCUCAAGAGACAGCGUGUCAGCACCGACGGCGCUGUCAAGCUCAUUGCCGACAUGAAUCUGUAUUCCGACUAUGUAAGGUCGCUCCGGAAUCAGGAUGUGCUGCCGUACUUUGCCGCGCUGCGCGAGUUAAGCCAGAUUUACCUUAUUGAUCCGGGCCAUGCCAAAGAAAUGGCUACGGUGAUUGCGGAUGGAGAUCGGUUUGGCGGCGUGUUUCGUGCGGAGGAGGUGUACGAGUAUGCGCAGCGUAGGGCGGAUUGGUAUCAGGUCAGGAGGAGCGUCGAGAGGGCAAUGUACGGAAUGGACUGCUUGGUCAUGUAA